UAUACCAGAAAAAUGAAGAAUAUAGGUAUUAGAGCUUUAAACUGCUCGCCAAAAAGCAAAAUAAAACUCUCUAUAUACAAAAGGAUUCUCAGCCGGAUUAUUCUCAAAGGAAGAAGAGAGAGGAAUUUGAACUUGCUGUAUGCAAGGUUAAAAGCAAUACUGCCAAGAUCUACAAAGUAUCUAUGGCUUAUGCAGGUCACAGAGGAUGAUUCAAGAUCUAAAGAGUUUUUGGAUCACAAAAGCUGCAACAGUUCAGCUUUAAUGGUUGAGACCAGUGACCUGCCAAAAGGGUCUCUCCAGGGUUUUGUACCUUGCAAGCUGGAAGCGACUGAAACUAGUGGAAAGCUGUACCUUCAUGCUGCUGAGAAAUCAGAAUGACAUUCUUCCUCUUAGUACUUUAUCAAUGUUAGAGAAAAUAAAUUAAACGUGGAUCAAAGUUUCUGGCGUCUACAUUCCAUUUCAGGAAACAAAUUGUUCCUCUGUACUGUGGCAUUUUCCUUGCCUGAGUUGAGUUUAGUCCGUAUGAGUUUUUUAACUGUUUAUGAGGUAGUAUAGGAUAAUUUUUAGUUUUAAUCAAUGUGUAUUUUUCGAUCAUAUUCAGGAAUGAAUGUAGAUCACAUUCAAUAAUCUAUCAUCAAAA